UCUUUUUCCCCCUGCGCUUUCGUCCUUGUUUCAGAAGAGACUGCUACAACUUCUUCUCCUCUCUACAAGCGAUAGUCCUCUGCUUAGACAAGAGAGGUUCGAGGAGAACGGCGCCUUCAGAUGCUCGUGUGACGUUGAACUCAGUCUUUGCUGUUUCGUGUGUCUCUCAUCCGAUCAUCUCCCGCCGUGUCUGCUCGGAUUCCUCGACCUUUUCUCUGCUUCUCCGCGUUUUGCUUCUCUCUCUGUCGGCCUCUUCUCUGCUUCCUGCUUCCACGGUCCCCGGCGUCGUCCUUCCUCCCGCCUCUGUUCUGUCUCUUGCCGAGCUCCGCGCGCGGACAAGUCAGAGCCGCCGCCGGCGACAUCUCCGCAGGCAGCGACAGCUGAACUGGCCCAUUGCUUUGCGAUUUCCAGUUCUUUCUCAUCGUCUCUCGUCUCUCUCGUGUCGCCAGGUUCUCUCGAAUUCCUUCCACCAUGUCGGAACCUGGCGAAACAGGUCUCCGGCCCGACGGUGGACCGCUGCAAGUCACACGCCUGCGAGAAUGGCUUUCUUCCGAAUCCUUUGUUUCCAUCCUUUGCAACGCAACUCUUCCUGAUCUCGUCAUCCGCGCUCUCUUCUUUUCUUUUGUUCUCGUCUGACCGCUCUACUCGUGUACUACUCUGAGCCUCUUCUCCCCCCCGUCGUUCUCUCUCCUCGUCUUUUCUUCCUUCUUCGGCUCUCAGCCUCCUUCUCUUCUCUGCCAUCUCUUCCAUCCAGGCCGGCUUCGUGGUUUCCUUCUACUCGUCGUCUUCUUCUCGUUUCCUUCCGUUUUUUUCUCGUCGUCGUCCAGUCUUCUUUUUGUCUUCGUCUCGUGUUCUUCGCGCGGUUCGUCUUCUCUUCGUUGGCAAGAUGAUGAAACUAAAGGAAAUGGUGGAGGCCGCAGAGGCCAAGGUGGAGUCGAAGCCCCCGCAGGCUGCCGAGGAGAAGGCUCCCGACCAAGCUGCAGGGGGGGCAGAGGAAGACGUCGCAGCUGCGCCAGCCGAAGGAGGCGAGGGCGCAGAGCCUCUCGACCAAGCUGAAAUCGAGAAAAUGCUCUUCGACGAGUCUCUCGGAGCGCAGGAGUACACUUACGAGGAGUUUCUCGAUCUCAUUGACCAGCCUCCAGAAGAGCGAGGAGAGGCGGAGGACGAGCGCAAGCACUGGUCGUACCCUAGAAGAUGGAAGGUUGUCCUGUGGAACCUGCAAAUUCAAAACUACAUGGACGACAACUUCUCCGCCUUCAUGGAGUUCGAGUUCGGAGGCACACGCGAAGAAUGCAAAGUCCACAAAGGAACGUCCGUUUUGAUUUACGCGACAGGACAAGACAAGAAUUACCUGCGAACUCCCGUCAUUCCAGAUGUGAGCAAUGCAGGUCCCGUGGACAUGCAUUUUCGAAAGGCCUUCGAAUAUCGCGGGUCCUACCUCGACCUCGAAAGAGAAAAGCUGAAAAUCAAGGUCUGGGAGUAUCGGAACUGGACGCUGAAUCACCUUGAGGCUGUUUAUGAAGAGGCGCUGCUAAAUCUGGCUACCGGAGAAACGCACGUCGAGCGCGACCUCUACAAAUUCAUCAAAGGGCGUCGGUCGCGUCGCUGUCGAAUCAGCUUUCACCUGUAUUUCCAGGAGCUGUACGACUUCGAGUUGUCCUUUGUCAAGUGGCGCCUCGUGCAGAUCAUGCCAUGUCCAACUCUGCAAGAAAAGAUCGCGAACCGCGGGAAGAACAAGGGCGGCUACACGCGCGAGGCGACGAUAGGCUUCAAGCGUCACCAGCUCGCAGAUCAAGCGAAAUACGUCUUUCAACAGAGACAAGUCAAAAGAGAAAUGCAAAAAAGAGACAGUCAAAGAGAGCUGCUGCCGGGCGCGUCUCGACCGGAGAUGCUCGGCGGAUUCGCGGAUAAAGGUUCCGCGCGUCUGUCUCACCUCGGCUUCGAAAGCGCAAUGAAAAUGCCGAAUCGAGGUACGCGGUCGCCGUCCGGCCUGGAGUCGAACAGACCUGAAGACGGCAACCGCAACAUGGAGGAGAUCUUUCUCCAGCACCAGGCCACCAUUCUCGCCUCCGACCAGCUCGAGGAACUGCCUGCCUCCUUGAGGCCGCCUUUGUCCAAGAGAAGGAAAGGCGAGGACAAGAAAGAUGGCAACAAAGCAGACGGACCCCAGGUGAAAAUGACCAUCUCCCUCAUGCAUGCAAGCUCAAUGAACAAAGGUCUCGGACUCGUCUCCUCCGAACGUCCUGCCGACGGAAUCCCCAGGUGGGAUAACCUCGGAGAAAUCUACUUCCGCGGCACUCUCAGAGACCUCGACUCCACAUACAUACAGGUCGUUGUCGAAGACACGACUGCGCCGAAAGUGAUGCGCCAGAUCGGCUACGGCCAGAUUCCGCUCCGCGGCGUCGUCGAUUACUCCUGCCUGAGCACCGAGCUGGGGACGCCCAUGUGGUUGGCGCUCCAAGCCAAGAUGGAAGGCUGGGGGCAUGAGCUGAAGGAAUGGUGUUUCGGAUUCGUGGAGGGAACAGUGAUGGUUGCCCACUUGCCGAGAUAUCGUCAACUCGGCGAAGUCUCAGAGUCGGACAGCGACCGGGUGUACUUGAUUCUCCGAAUAAAAGACGUGGACCAGAUCGUGACGCCUGACAAUCGACCUGUGGUCGACUCGUACGUGGAGGUAUCCUUCGACGGAACUUCGCGGCGAACGCGAACAGUGCGAAACACUUUGAAUCCUGUCUGGGACGACGAGGUCACCAUUCCCCUUCGUCUUCCUGCCUUCCGAGACAUCACGGAGUCCGACGUCACGAGAAAAGGAAAAGUCUGGCUAGACGUCUGGGGCACUGGCCCGGGAUACGUCGAUCAUCUCGGUGGAUGCUCCUUCUCCCUCUACGAAAUCUUCUUCAACGAAAAACACAACAAGCGAAACCUCACCGCCAUGCAAAGAAUCGACCUAGAAGCGAAUACGCGACAGUCGUACGAGACUCGCGUCUUCUCCACCUCCAGACGCCUCGCCUUCAUUCACAAGGCAGACCGGCCGUCGACCAUUCAAUUCGAGGCGUGGACUUGCCCCGACAUUCUGGAAGUCUCCGGCAUCGACAAACUGCCGGAGCCUGAGCGCAUCACGACAACGAGCAACUUUCCUCGAGCGCUGCGGAAUACCUACGAAAGACUGAAGCGAAUGUACGCAGAGGUCAUCGAAAAGAAAGGCUUGGUAAAUCCGGACACAGGAGUAGGUCCGCCUCGUUUUUUCGACGUCGAGUUUCUUGACCAGAGAAAGGAGACCCACUACGCACCCACGAUGGUCACAAGAAUCCGACCGCCCUUUGGCGUUGACUCCGAGAGCUCUGUCUUCCACUACUGCCGGUGUGUGCCUUUCGCGGUCAAACGAGAAAACCUUGUCUUCACCCCAGAAUUCGCCGUCCAAAUUCGAUCCGGAAACGCCAUGGAUCACUCGAUCCUCAUGACCAGCCUUCUCCUCGGUCUCCCAGCCUUCGCCUUCGUCUGUGUUGGAACGCUCUGGGAUAAACACAUGCAUGCGUGGGUAGCUACGUUUCACUACGACGACGACCGCGCAUGUGGAGUCGUGAAGUUCUGGGAGACGACGACCGGCCUGGUGUACACUCUGAAGCACCGCUUUCGCGAUCCGUACACGCUGCAAAGGCUGUCGGCGGACCCUGAGUUCGGCAUCCUGAAGAUGAUGAAUAUCCAGAGGAGAAAGCGUCUAAGCAUCUUGGGAGUGUCAGUAGACGCCGACACACCUGACUACAUUUCUCGGAGCGGCGAGGAUCUCGUUCAAUCGGAGUUCCCGACCGGGGGGGCGAAGUUGCCGUAUCGCUCGCUGGAUAUCAUGUUCAACAAUCGCAACGUCUGGCUGAACAUUCAAGACGGCAAUCCUGCGAAAGUAUGGUUCGACAUCUGGGAUGUGGAGCAGUGGUACCAGUUUUCCCCGGGUCUCCACGAUGUGCCGCCCUGCUUCAUCGUCCGAGGCUUCGGAGCGAAGGUAGCGGAAUGGCAGUUCGACAGGGCCGCUCAAGAAAUCCAGGGAAAAGUCUUAAGUGACAUCACGGCUUUUCGCGCGACGCGAAACCUCCCCACCAAGUGGAAUCGCGACGACGUCCUCGACGCGUUUCUGCAAAUGGGGCUCGAACUGCUGCACCAAGCGGCCACCGCUCGCGACGAAGACUUCCAGCUCGCUCGUCUGAAGCUCGAAGAUUGGAAAAAGGCGUUUUACUCCAAGGUCCCGUGUAGCUACAGGGUGCGCGGGGCUCCUCUACACUUUAAUACGUACGACUCCAAGACGAUAAGUGACGCCAUCAUCGCAAAUGUGGACUUCGUAGAGUCUCGAGACCGGAGUGCCUUCUUCAGUCUCGCGGUCAUGCUGUACAACCUUCCCGGUGAACUGGUCUCGACUUACGUCUACAUCUGUGUCACACAGAAGGUGACGGAGAGAGAACGGAGACGCAUUCUUGCUCAGAAGGAAAAGCAAUCUCGUGAAGACGCACAGAGGAAAGCGCGGAAGCAACGACGCAAGGCUGGCCACGAGGGCGCCGACAACGGAGCAGAGGACAAGCAGGGCGCAGAAGGCAACGAAGAAGAGCAUGGCGACGCGGCCGCGGCGGCGGUUGCGGAGGAGAGCGUUUCGGCAGAGGCGGUCCAAGGAGAUGAAGAGCCGAAGAAGGUCGUGAAGAAAGGUGCAGUUCCCCGAGUGAAGAAGAGGUCCUACGAUCAGGUGGAGGGAACAGAGGUCGCUGCCAUUGCAAUUGAAAGAGACUUUUUUACUGAGGCUGAGGCGCCAGAUUUCAAGAACCUCAUGAGCGACGUCGAACAUGCAAUCAACACACACCUGGGCCUCUCGCCGGGGCGCGUCCGCGCGUUCCAGGCGAGGUACGCCGAGAAGCGAAUUGUUUUCGCGGUCGGACCACCGAUGGACGACGCGACUGAGGCAGAUGCUGUCAGCUCGGUGGCGCUCAUGGAGAAACUCCGAGACAUACUUCCGAGCAUGGCGCAUGAAGAAGGCCGUUUCCAAGAAGUCACGGGUGGCGGCGCGACUCUCCAGUGGGACGGCCCAGGAACGAACAUUUUGGAUCGGAUAGCGCAGGAGCAAGCAACGGCAGGCGAAGGAGAGCAGCAGACUUCUGAGGGGAUUCCGACUCGCGACAUGCAGGUCGACGGCACGGCGGUUUUGGAGGAGGCCGGCGAGAAGAGCGACAAGAAGAAGAAGAAGAAAGAGAAGAAGGAGAAGAAAGAGAAGAAGGAGAAGAAAGAGAAGAAGGAGAAGAAGGAGAAGAAAAAGAAGAAGGGCGGCGAGACAGCCGCGGAACCUGAGGAAGCUUCGGCUGUCCUCGCACCGCCUCCAGUGCCUGUCCCUGCGGCGGCGAUUCCUAGCGUCCUUCUGCCGGCCGACAGCGAGGACGGGGAGAAGGAGCAGCCGAAGGAGAAGAAGAAGGAGAAGAAGGAGAAGAAAAAGAAGAAGGACGGCGAGACAGAUGCGGAACCUGAGGAAGCUUCGGCUGUCCUCGCACCUCCUCCAGUGCCUGUCCCUGCGGCGGCGAUUCCUAGCAUCCUUCUGCCGACCGACGGCGAGGAUGGGGAGAAGGAGAAGACGAAGGAGAAGAAGACAGAGAAAAAGAAAGAGAAGCAUACUGAGAAGAAACACAAGAAGAAGAGCGAGGCACUGCCCGAGAGCGAGACGACCGCAGUCGUCACAGUGACUCCAGGCGAAGAGGACGAGACUUCGCCGCUUGUCCCUGUGCCUUCGUCGAUCGCAUCCUCUGAGGCGCCGGAGCCUCCUGCGUCCACUCGAGUCACUCCGGCCCCGGAGCCGAAGGCCAAGCCAGGCCUCUCGAUGGGCGCUGCUCUGCUCGCAGUUCGAGCGCGUUCGCGCCUCCAGAGAAAGCACUUGGCACAGCAGCUUAGUUCGUCGUCGUCGAGUGAGGUCUCCGCCUCCUCUGCAUCUUCUCUCUCCCCCUCGUCCUCCUCAUCCUCCGACUUCGCGGAGACCCGCGCAAAGGCAGACGCCCUGCGCGCGCGUCUGCAGGCGGCGCAGGCGCGGCUGGCGGCGGCGCGAGAGACCGAGGUGUCUUCUUCAGAGACCGAGUCCUCAGAGACUUCUGAGGCUUCCUUUCUCUCCAGCGACGGCGAGUGGGAUGCCCUCUGGCAGUCCCAGCGCGCGGCGGCGAUGGAGAGACAGCAGCGACUCCAGAAAAUGGUCUCUGGAGUCAAGGCCGCGUACCGGCGGCUGGAGGAAGAGAACACUCGCCUGGCAGCGACUCGCCGCAGAGACGACAAGCUGCAGAGACAGGUUGAGGCAGAACGCGAACGCGCCGUCGAACUCCUCAAAGAAGCCACCCGACGAGCGAAGGAAGAAAAGGAUCUCAUUGCGCGGCAGCCACCGCCCGCCAGGGAUUGGUCCGACACGGUGGUUCUGUCGACACCACAAAUAUUCGUCAAUUCUCAAGCAGCGUGUGCUCCAUUUGCCGACUCCGGAAGAGACGAAGGCGGCCGCGACGAAUGGUACGAGGUCUCAGACGCCUGCUCCCGCCGCGCAGAAAGCUCGAACGAGUCUCGGACCACGGCAGGCGCGAAGCUUCGCCAGCAACAACUGGAUCUGGCUGGGCGCACCUGAACGAGAAGAAAAGAGGACUUGCAAAAUCGAACAAGAUGAACAGAAAUGGAAAAGAAGGCGACUGAAAGACAGAAGGCGCUGGGACAGACGCCGGGAAAGCGCGGAAACCAGAUUUCGCUCGACCACGUUCCAAGGAAACGCGAAAUGAGAACGGAGAUGCAUGAGGGAAACGCUCUCAGAGAAGAAAACAUGAGGGGUCGUCUUGAGCCGCUUGCUGCCAUUGUCGGAGAGGGGCGACGCCGUUUGGUGUCUCGAACAUACCUGGGAUGUCUGCGAUCGCCGUAAUACCUAAGCAGCGGUUUUUGCAUGUUUUAGAAUUGGAAACGCCCACACGUCGUCCCCAUGUACAUUUCCACGCAUGCAUGGGUCGACUUGUUUUUUGCGUUGGCUGUCGGUGCACUCCGGAGAAGGCAUCGCGUGUUUCGCUGUGCCUUAAUGCCGUUUUUGACGUUGCGUUUGUGUGGAGGAAACAGGAAGAGUCUUUUGAAUGCAAUCGAGUUUCUAACUCGAGUUCCCGUUUUCCAACAAAUGCGAACAUGCAGGUAUUUGUGCCUUUUUGCGCCCAUGGCACAUUUUUUCGGCGGUAUUUUGUUCGUGUCAGACCGAUACCGUCGUUCUCUUACAUGCCGCGUCGAUAAACCGGGCUACACACUCUGUUCUGGG